GAGUAAUUAAUGACAUUAUUUUCAUUUUUGAGUGAACUAACCCUUUAACCUUCAGAAAAUGAGUUUUGAAUCGCACUGGCUCUCUCACAAGAAGUGAAUCAUAGUUUCUCUCUGUUGCAAGGCAUGUGAUUGGCUGUUCACCACCGAUGUCACGGAUUCAUGUGCACGCGCUCCACAAACUCAGGAUCAAAGCCUGAGUUGACAAAGAAAGUUGAUGAUAAGCAUCAUGGUACCAACAAAGCCAGAUUGGAGUGGAGUGGAGUGGUUUGGUUUUGUCAACCCGAAAGUAAUCCUAUAACCCUGAGUUUGUUCAACUACCAUCAUGGCCCCAGGAGACUUGGAUGUAUCUUCAGCAGGAUUCUUUAAUGAGAACACGUGCUGUUGAUCGCUGCAGUCAUCAAGUCCAACUAAGGCAGUGUACAUUGUAGUUUGUGUACAUUGUAGUUUAUAUACAUUUUAGGGGACAGUGCUUAGAAAUGGAGACAAAGCACCUGGCUGAUGACCUUAAACAAAGCACGCAAAUGAAGUAUCCAGGUGUAGGAACCCGCCCCAGACUCUAGAGUGUCGCAAGUCCUAAUCCAAUCAGCAUAACUAUUCAAAGAAUGGGACAGGGGCUUCAAGAGCCAUUGAAGACAAAAGGUGAGAGUCUCAGCAUGGCUCAUUUGAUUUACAAUAAAGAGAACAGGAACGGGCAGAAACCUCUUGCUACAAAUUUUGCGUAAUAGAAUCCUUCGUGUGAUGUCAUUAUCUUUACCUUAAAAUUCUAAACGGAAUGUACUUCAUCUUAGUAUUUCAUGUGAUGUUAUGAUAGGACGUAGGACCAGCAGAUCUUAAACAGAUUCUUAAAUUUGUAAUCCCACAAAAUCCCACUGACCCUUGUGUUCCUCUGUGCUCUUCUACUCUUCUGAGUAAUAAUAUACCUUGCUAUGAAGUAAAAGUCUUUAUGAAUUGUAUGAUUCACUGUUAUGAGCAGGUAAGAGCAGGUAGAAGAACCAUGGGUGGGUGCCGAGAUGUGGAAGUGUGUGAAACACCUCCUCCACUCCUUCCCGCAUUCUUCUUGCAUGCUGUAGCCUGCAGGUUAGGAAAAAGAACCUUGAACUUUCAUUAAAAAUAAAGACAUGAAGAAAUUGGUGUGUUCAAAUAUAGGAAGGAGGAGGAGAAGGAGGAUGGUGGGGCGGAGUCAGUUUGAACAAUAUGUCAGAAGACUAGCAGUUUAGUAACAGAAAGAAGCAGUAGGACAAGUGUGCUUGAUUUUUAAAUAGCGUAUAUAAAAUUCACUUAAGGAAUUUAGGAUAAGCUAUGUGAAAGUUUAUCUGAGAAACAGGGGAAAGAAAUAAAGAGACCAACUCGGAGACCACACAACCUAACCAGGUCCAUCUGGUCACUUCAGGGAAAUACAUUUCAGCCAUUCGGAUCUAAUCAAGUGUAUUGUUCUCCUGACGCCUUCCUGAUGGGAUCACAAAAUGAGAGCGCCUCCAGCGACAACAUGACAAUCAAUGAGAGCAUUGUGGGUAACAAUGUUUCUGUUACCUUUGGGGCCCUCAUCCUCAGCAUCGUCUUCCUCCUGGGUGUUCCUGGCAACCUCUUCAUUAUCUGGAGCAUCCUGGCACGUGCCCGCAAACGCUCGGUCACGACCCUGCUCAUCCUAAACCUGGCGUGUGCAGACGGCUGUCUGAUGUGUCUGACGAUUUUCUUUAUAAUUUACCUAGCCAAGCAGAACUGGGUAUUUGGAGGUGUCAUGUGCAAGAUGCUUUUCUACUUGUGCAACACAAACAUGUACGCUUCUAUCAUGAUCAUAACGCUGAUGAGUCUACACAGACUAGUGGCAGUGGUGUGGCCCACAUACUUGAAAGCCUGUACUCGUAGACGGACGGUAUUACUUGUGCUCGGGGGCCUGUGGAUUGUCGUAUUUCUUUUGGCACUUCCUGCUUUGAUAUUCAGAAAAAAGAAGGACUAUAAGGAGGGACGCGCAUUGUGUGAAACUAAUCACAGCGGUCCACAGCAUGUGAUACUCCAGUACACACUUGAGACAGUGGUGGGCUUCCUGGUACCGUAUGUGAUCAUAGUCAGCAGUUAUGCGCGUAUCCUUCGCCGCCUGAGACAGACCAUGUUCAAGAGAAGGAUACGAAGCGAGAACCUCAUUCAAGCCAUCAUUGUGACGUUCUGCAUUUUUUGGCUUCCUUAUCACAUUAUUAAUAUAGUGCAAGUGGUGGCAGCACUGACACAAGAGGGACCAACCAAAAAAAGAUUGGAUAAUAUCUGGCACUCCAGUCGUGCAGUUACAUCCGCUCUGGCUUUUAUCAGUAGUUGUGCCAAUCCUAUCCUCUACACCUUUGCCGGACGCUCCUACAUCAAAGCUGACGGCCUGGCGUUCAUGGCCAGACUCUUUGAGGGCACGGUCCUGGACUAUGGUGCCCGAAAAAACCGUCAGACCAAAGACCAGACUACAAACCUCACGGAAUGCAGAACCAUUUGAAAGAAUCUCAGAAAGAAUCUUUUUGUUUUUUUUUUUGGAUAGUGUAGGGAAUAAACAUCAGGACAUGUACAGUAGUCAACAUUUGAAGUUCAAAGUUGUCCUAAAAACCAAAUUGUCCUAAGAAGAAGGUUUUAGGACAAC